AUGGUCCAGCAGCAUGGACGACUGCACGCCAAGACCCUGACGUUGAUGAACCACCAAGCUUUGGCAUAUCGGGAUGUGGACAAAAACGAAGAAGCCUUGCAGCUCUACAGAGAGGUGCACGACGGAUGCAAGGAAACACUCGGAAUGCAGCACCCCUACACGUUGGCCAGCAUCUCAAACCUGGCAAACAUCUUAUUCGAGAUGGACCGACUGGAGGAGGCCAGGCCUCUACUAGAGGAGGCGCUGGAAAGACAAUCUGAGAUGCUUGGCCCGAGGCAUUUGGAUACCUUGCAGACAGCACACAGCUUGGCGCUCCUAUUCGAAGAGCAGGGGCACCUCGACAAGGCUGAGCCUCUAUACAUUCGGGCCUACGAGGGCCAGAAGUCCUCCCUGGGUCCAAAGAAUCCGACUGUCUUGCAGACGGCAGUCAACCUUGCUGGUCUCAAGCAGGCAUGUGGUCGGCUACGAGAGGCGGAGGACCUUGACAGAGAGGUGAUGACAGGAUGUCGAGAGCUGCUGGGGGACCGUGACGUUCAGACGCUACAAAGUGGGAACUCCUUGGCCAGGUUGCUGCACGAGCAGGGCAUGCUGCAAGAAGCUGAAGAGUUGCUUCUGGAGGUGCUGCAGGCUCGCAUUGAGUUGCUGGGUGACAAUGAUCCUGCCACCCUUGCAAGCCUGAACAAUCUGGGUGGCUUGUAUUACACAUGGGGACGGUUCAGCGAGGCCGAGCCGCACUUCUUUGCAGCUCUGGAAGGGCGCAGGGCCGUCCUCGGCCUGCUUCAUCCCGACACGCUGCAAAGUGCCAACAACCUGGCUUCGCUGUUUCAGGCACGGGGUCGUCUAGACAAGGCAGAACCACUUUUCAGAGAAUCUUUGGACGGUAGGAGAGAAGUGCUUGGAGUGCGGCAUCCAGACACGCUUACGAGCUGUAGCAAUCUGGCAGUGCUCUUGCAUGCAAUGAAUCAGCUACAAGAGGCAGAAGAGCUGAUGAAGGAGGCGCUGGAGGGCCGGCGCCAGGUGCUGAGUGACCAUCACAGGGACACCCUUACCAGCAUCAACAAUCUCGCAGGGUUGAUGCGUUCCCGCGGCAAGCAUGUUGAUGCAGAACUUCUGUAUCAGGAGGCCCUCACUGGUCGGAAGAAGCUGCUGGGAAAUACCCAUGUGGAUACUUUGAUGACGGCGAACAACUACGGUCUUUGCCUUCUGAACAGAGGUCUGCUCAAGGAGGCGGAGGCCAUCUUUUUGGAAGUGCUGAAAAAUUGCCGAAAGACGCUAGGAGUCAAGCAUUCGUACACACUGACCUGUGCGAACAGCCUUGGUGGGCUUUUGCACGAGGCCGAGAGGUAUGAUGAAGCUGAGCCACUCUUUCGGGAGGUGUUGUCCGGAUUGCGAUCCCAGCUUGGUGACAAGCAUCCAGACUCUCUGACUGGCGCAAACAACUUGGCGGUCCUUCUGUUCGCAAAGGAAGAGUUUGCUAAGGCAGCUGAGCUCUUCCAGGAAGUUCUGACUGGUCGGAGAGCGCAGCUGGGCGACAAGCACCCAGACACGGUCCAGGCAGCACGGCACAUGGCUGCUGCGCAGCAGGCAAGGGCCCGCUGCUGCAAACGAUUGCAAACCCAUACUUGA